UCCUCCCCCUUCUCUCUGUAUCCGGAAGUUGACAAUCCCGUGAUGUUAGAGGAAUGCUAGCAUAGUAUCGGAAUGACAGCGGGGCUCUUUCUCGGCGUUCUCUCCCGAACCUUCACGCUGUCGGCCAACAGCUCAGCUCCGCUCUCGUCUACAAGACAUGAAGUUGCGGCUGUCGGGCGCAUGUAUCCCUCCGCUCGGACGUAGAAGAGAUGCAUCCCUCCACCGGACCUAACGGAUCCGCCGCGCUAGCCUGGCUGGAGCCCCGCAGGUCGGAUUUAUGAGCCGCGCAGGCUAACACGGGCUGGUCGAUCAGGGCUGCGGCGAAGGAGGCUACGCUGAACUGCGAACAUGAUGAGGUUUGCCUUGGAGGAGCUGUCGGACUUCGGGGACUACGCCGGGAAGCAGAAGCUGAGUGACUUGUUCACGUUUCCCAGCGACGAGCGCAGCGGACCCAGGCUGUCGGACGUCCGCGUGAGCCCCGAUGGACGUCACAUCCACGUCCUCCUCCGCGAGCCGAAGGUCGGUCUCAUGACUUUUGACAAGUACGAACGACCCCAGCUGGCCGUCAACGCGAAGAAGCUGGACGUGUGGUUCAGGGGGGCUGUCCCCGUCGUGGACGUGUUCUACUUGGACCGUCUUCACGGCGAGGACCGGGGCACGGGCGCCGUCGCCGCGGUCGUCUACGAGAACGGGAGAGCCGAGUUUUGGCAGUUCGCCGAGAGCAAGCCCGGCUGGCACCUCCUGCAGACCUCCGACCUGUGCAACAGCCCCCGGGCCAGAGUGGUGUCGGUGUGCGCCUGCGCCGGCCUCCUGGUGUGGUGCGAGGAGCGGCCCGCGUCAGAGAGCUCCGCCGCGCUGGGCUCUGCCCGGAACCACCUGAGAUACUGCGUCUGCAGGCGGGACUGCGAGGUGCGGGGAGGCGGCGGCGUGAGCCUGGGCGGCCUCAGCAUCAUCCUCCACAACAACCCCAAGUUCACCGUCGUCCGCUCGGCGGACCGCGUGCACCUCCUGCCCGACCCGAGCGCCGGGGCGCAGCUGUGCUCCUCCAAACUCCUGCUCACCUGGUCCCCCCAGCAGGACUCCUUCACCGUCAGCACCGUGUGCAAAAGCACCCCGAUAAAGACGCUCUCCGCCAAGGAGUCGGACUUCAGGCGGCUGGUGAGCGACUGUCUCGGGUACCUGUCGGCGCUGGAGCCGCCGGACGUCCGCGGCUUUUCUCCCGCGGGCUGCGGCGGCCUGCUGCUGCUCCUCGGCUCCGGCUGGCUGUGUCUCCUGCAGCGGGACGGGACGCUGCGGCGGCUGCACAGGCUGGCCGACGACGACGCGCACGCCAGCAUGUGCGCGUGCGCGGACGCCGUGGCCCUGGUCGCCGGCAGGACGCUGCACGUGAUCGAGGCGAGCUGCGGCAGGGAGCUGCAGAAGGUGGCGCUGAAGAGGGAGGGCUGGCUGUGCGCGGGCCGGGCCGGAGGACGAGCCCCACAUCUGCUCUCUGAGGCCGGGCUUUUUGCGCUGGUGGACCGGGAGUCCGCAGCCGAGCCGCUGGGGGCCGGUCCGGCGGAGGGCGUCCGUCCGGGAGCCCUCCUGGUGGAGGCCGUGUUCGAGGAGGCCUGCAAGUACUACCAGCAGAGGAGCCUGAGCGGCACGCAGCUCACCGUGGACGCCCUGAAGAGAGGAGGCCGCUUCCAGUCUCCCCUCUCCUUGGCCUCCAUCCUCAGGAGCUACCUGGACUCGGGCUGGAGGAGGAGCGGCGCCCACAACGGAGAAGACGCGUACAUCGCGGGACACGAGAAGCUGAUGAGCUCCCUGGAGGGCGAGCUCAGGGCCCUGGUGUCCCUGGAGGAGCUGAAGGGGAGCUUGGUGAGGGGGGGCGUCAAGGAGGCGGAGGCGGCGUGCGAGACGCUGGUGGAGAGGGAGGUGGCGAGGCUGCUGUCGUCCUCUGAGCUGGACCGAGACGCCUUGCUCUACCUCAACUCCAUCUUCGGCAUCUUCCCCGGCCAGGCGUGGAGGGCGGCGCAGGCCGCGCUGCAGCUGCACCCCAACGGCGAGGGCCCCCUGUGCAGCCGGGCCCCCCCGGACGUGUGGAAGGCGGCCCUGAGCCCCUCACCCAGCGCCUUCCCGUUUGCCAACGGCCAGCCGAGGCACGGCGGGGGCCAGAACUGUAAGGCGAAGCCUCCCGGCCUCCCGGAGGUCCUGCCGGUGUUCGAGCUCCUCUGCCGGGCGGUGUUUCACUUCCAGCCCUCCUGGCUGCCGAGGUUCCUGGAGCUCUGCCAGCAGCAGCAGGGCUCCGCGGCCCUGGGACUGAACCUGGCCUCCUCCUCCUGGGGCCUCCCCGGCGGGCGAGGAGCGGAGGGCGGGGAGAACGGCGUGCCGCUCUACAAGCGGGCGCUGUGGGUGCUGUCCAGCCUGGAGCCGGAGCCGGAGCGGCGGCGGGAGCUGGAGGUGGAGCUGCUGCUGGUGAGCGGGCGGCCCAACGCCGUGCUGCAGGCGCUGAGGACGCUGACGGAGCGCCGCCAGUGGGAGCGCGUCACCCAGGUGGCCCGGCAGUUCUGCAAGCAGAGCCCGCUGCUCAACAAGGAGAUCUUCACCGCGCUGCUCUGCGAGGUGGCCCGGCACAGGGAGCUGGACCCCCACCUGGAGCUGCUGUGGGCGCUGUGCCCCGAGGACUUCACCGUCGCCGCCGUCCUCAAUCUGGCGCUGAAGGAGGCGCCGCCCGGCUGCGCGCCCUUUGCGGACGCCGGCGGCAGCCAGCUGACCGUGGGCCAGCUGAGGCCGCUGCUGAGCAAGGUGCUGCAGCGGGAGGCCAAGCCCAGCCAGCGCUACGCCGACAUCCUCCAGUCCCCCUCCUACCCGCCUCCUGCUCUGCCCCGGCGGCCCGUCCCCGGGCCGGACGCAGCCGCCGUCCGCACAGAGACGCACGGCGAGCAGACGCCGCCUGCUGCAGACUCCGGCGCCGCCGCAGACCCCGGCGGGCGUCGCUUAGACGAACGCUAGACUCUCAUUGGACGUCGGCAUGCCUGCUGUAGCACAAACAUGUGAAUGUGUUAAAGUUCCUCGGUACACAUAGUAACUGACACAAGGGUGGGGGUUGUCGGUUAAAAUCCGGCGACAGCGACAUGACUACUGAAUAUGUGUGAAUAAUGCAACAAAGUCCUUUUCUGGACCUUUUUUUUUUUUUUUGUGUACAUCCAGAAUCUACAGGGUUAUUUAUCUGUCAGAGCUUUACCGUUCCCGCACCAGCGUAUUUAACACCAACCGUAUUAAAUUAAAACCAUUUUAUAUUAUUUACUGUAUAAGGACAGUCUUAACUGCUUGGAAAGUAACACAGCUACUAAUUGCUGUUUAAAGCUUCCCCUUCCUCGCCUGAGGUGGUAUUUAUCCCUCCAAGCCUUUAACCUCAUAUACCUGACCGUGAUGUUUGCUCAGUAACUUUAACUUGGAUCAGAAGAUGUGCAGUAUUUAUAAAAAAAAAAAAAAAGCACCUGAUCCAAGAAACUAAUGUAAAUGUGACUGGCUGAUGUGCUUUUCCACGCAGCUGCCGGUCCACAGAGACCUUUUUGUUUUCCUUUGUCUCAGAGCGAGGUGAGACGGGUGGGGUCAAGGUUCCUCCGCUGACUUUUUUACUUUCACAUUCGGCGGAUUAAACGUGCCUCAGCGUGAAGUCGGCCAUGGCCGGCUCGCUUUUGCCAGGACUACCAAACUCCCAGGAGGCCCUCCUCCUCCUCCUCCUCCUCCUCCUCCUCCUCCUCCUCCUCCUCCUCCUCAGCCCGCCUAAACCCGACUCACGGGACAUUCCAGACUAGAUUCCCAGCAAAAGGGACUCGCAUUUGGGACUUUAAAUUCAAUUUCAGCGCUAAUCUUGUUGGGGUUUGAGUGAGCGUUGCGUAGGGGACGUGCUUGCAUAAGAUCUGGGACACGGUGGCUGGUAGAGGAGGAGAGAGGAGGCGGAGAGAGGAGGCGGUGCUGGAGACCACGGGCCUUCUGCACUUCUGCAUCACCUCAGUCAGUAUUGUUUGGCCUGAGCUUUGGAUGCUUCUGGGUGAAGAUGUUUCAGUGCUUUAUGCUAGAGGAGAGAAUGUUUUUAGUUUAAAAAAAAAAACGUGUUAUUUUGUACUUAAGUAUGGAAACAUCUGUACUGCUUUUAUUUAUUUUUUUGAAAGAAACUUUUAAAGACUACCUAACUGUGUGUCUGAAGCUCAGACGUCCCCCGGUAAUGAGCGCUGACAGGAUGCUGAGGGGCUGCAGAGCGGUUCCUCUCCUCUGUGUUAUGUUUCUGCUGCGUCUCCUCAGCCAUGCCUCCUGCUCCUGGAGGAGAACCCAUUUCCUCAGAGAGCCGUGGGCUCCUCGCUCCGUUUAAACAAGCGAGGCGGGACCUGCUCAGCUUAAUCUCAGGCCGGAGCGCCGGACAGGUCCUGAAAUAUUAAUUUGCCUUAAACUUUGCCUGCUUGUCUCUGCGGCUGAUAUUAAUUCCUUCUUUAUAGCCGCGUUGCAGCGUCGAUUGCAUUCGCCAAUGUUCUGUGAAGGAAGGUUUAAACACGUUGAAAGUAUUUAUCAGCAUAAUGUUUCUAUGCUAUUAAAGUAAGAAUGAAACCUC